AAAACCCGUCCUCAUCAUGUCGUCCGACCUCCAAUGGCUUCUCCUCCGCGGAAACAACUCCUUCAUCGUGAAGCGAGUGCCAGAGGGCCCCAUCUUCUCCAAGGAGCCUGGUAACCUCCGCAAUAUCCACUCAUACAAAUACUCUGGACUCGCCAACUCAAAGGUCGUCGACGUCUCGGAAUCAGCGGGUACCGUCAAGAUCAGCACCCGCAAGACAAAGGCGUCGCCUCGCGCUGUUAACCCUGCUACUGCCACCUCGACUAUCCGCCCACGCUCAGGUGGUCGUCGUGCGCUUGGAAUUGCUGCUGGACCUGCGAAGCGUGGAUAUAGGCCUGAUCUGCGAACUGCCACCCUCGCCCGUGUAUCCGCCCUCAUCGCCGCACAAAAAGAACCCAAGCCAACCCCAGCGAAGAAGGUUCGGGGCAAGAAGGCCCAGGCAGUCUCAGCUUGAUUGCUCGUGUAGACGUUCUCUUUUUUCUUUCGCUUUCUUACGCACAUAUGGUCAUGCCACAAGCAAAUAUAUGUAUGAUUUACGACCAGGAAAGGAAGAAUUCGGAAGUGUUCAACGGCGUGCUUUUCCCCGUGGCGAUACAAGUACACUAUAAUACAGAAACGAGAAGGAAGAUGCGACUAUCGUACAAGAUAAGAAAAAGAGAGAGAAGGCGGACCACUCCAACAUCGCAUGGCUUGUUCAGCGCUCAAAGUCCAAAUCCCUUCGCAGGCUGAACGAUCCUCGCCCCGGCCUUGUACGCAGGAACAGAGUCCCUGGUGGGUCUCGUAGACUCCGCCUUCCACUGCGCAUAUUCCUUCGUCUUGCGCUCAGCAUCGUGCUGUCCGUGCUUCCGCUCCUUCUUGGGCGAGUUUUCUUCCUCAUGAUGUUGUUGUUGCUGAUGUGCCCCUUGCUCGUCACCCCCUGGCGCAGCGGGCCUAGGGUAAUCAGGGGCGGGCUCCCUCUCCGUGGGAGGGGUAGCUUGAGGAGCGGCG